CCAUCCCCAUCGCAUCCUUGGCGGCAAGAAUGGGUCAAUCCAUCCAAGAUUGAGUCGACAUCCCCCCAUGACCGCAUCUGCUCUUCCUUUUAUUUUAUGCGGCCCAUGAGACUGCUUCCGACCGUGUGCUGUUCUCCCUGGCCGCACGCGACAUCGACAUCGACAUCGACAUCGACAUCUCGAUUUCCACUCAUCACCCACAGCGUCAAUACGUUCAGGUUACGACAUUGCGACCACCAGAUCCCGACCGAACCCGACCGAACCGGAACAUAACCAUGCCCGAUAUCGAUCCCGCGGCUCUAAGCCGCCCCGCCAACCUUUCUACCCCCGUCCUCUCGACCAAGUCCAUCUCCAUCUCGGCUCCUGGCACUGUCAAGGUGUCCAAGUCGAGUCAGAUCAUCCCUUCUCGCAUCGAUCUCGAGCCCCUAUAUACCGCACUAAAGCAGGCCAUCGGGAGCGAACAAUGGGUCCCAUACAAGGAGGCCCUCACUCAGUUUCUCAUCGGCCGGUUAAACCAAGCCGAGUAUUCGGACAUCGUUGAUCCCAUCCUCAGCUCGCCCAACGGCGAGAAAGAACACCUCCAUAACCAGCUCGUGGCAGCCAUCUACGGAAAUGUCACAAGGGAGAUGCCCGAUCCGGGUCUUGCGCCCUGGGUCAGCGCCAACGACAAACCUUCGGCCAACUCGGGCAGCAAACCAGUGUCGGGUGACGCGGCGGAACGAAGAUUGAAAGGCGAAGUGAUGCAACUACCCGCGCGGGACAGAAGGCGCAUCAAGGACCUGGUUCAAAACGAUUAUGACCCCUACGAGAACAUCGCGAGCGUCUUUACAGAAACGUACCGACGACCUUCGAGAACGACCGAGGUGCCCGCCAGUGCGACGGGCAUUAGCAGUGCGGGCGGUAUCAGCAAGAUGAAUUUCGACAUCGAGAUUCGGAAGCGGUUCGCGCAACCCCUGGCGGUAGAGUCGGGCGAGUUCCCCGACGUGCCCGUCAUCGAAGGGAGGAUGCUCCCGCUCUGCUACGAGGCCGGCCUGGCCAGCGGGCACAGCGCCGAGGCGGCGCAGUACGUAUCGUCGGCGACCGAGGCGUUCAUCAAGGGCGUCCUGUCGUCCAUCUUCACCAAGACGCGGAGCAACGGCCCCGGCGAGUCGGGCAGCGCCGGGCUGGGCAUCGGGACGUCGUGGAUCCAGACGCACCGCUACCGGCGCCAGCUCGCGCGGGAAGAGGGGGCGGCGCAGCGCGGCGAGCUGACGCGCGACAAGAGCGGGCUGCUGCCGGUGGAGUCCCGGGCCGCCGGCGAACGGGGACCGCUGGGCAUGUCGGACGUGCGCGUCGCCCUGGAGAUGGCCGACAACGGGCUGGCGCAGUUCCCCAUCAUCACCACCGGCAUCACGUACGGCUGGCGCGAGGGCGAGCUGGAGAAUUGGCACGACUACACGUGGGUCCCCGGAUGGGAAGGGCGGGGCGCGACGGGGCCAGAGGGCAAGGGGGAAGCGAGCCUCGAUGUCCGGCCGUCGACGUCGACGAAGGAGCUGACCAACGGGCACGGGCACGGACACGGACACAAGGACGGUGUCGAGGACGUCGCCAUGGUCGAAAGUGCCACCGCCAUGGACGUGGAUUCGAAUGCGGAAGACCUGUUCUGGGACGGUGCCGAGGACCAGGAACAGGCGUUUCUGGACUCGGUGCUGGAUUCCUGUCUGGUUGUCGGGUCGUAGGAAGAGCCGUCACCACCAGCGGGGGGGGAUUCCUGGGCUGCGCGACAGGAGACGCUCCACUCCCGGCGUCACCUCAAGAGGAUACGGUCCAUCCAUCGGGACAGGCGGAAGAUUUGGGGCUGGUCUUCGCGGCGCAAGCAGAAGCG